GUAAUUCAAAGUAGCAAUACAUUGGUGCCUGAAACGUCACAGAUGCAGUUACGUGAAGUAACCUGUGACUUGCAACAUGACCAGAAGAAAAUAAUCAUGGAGCUGCGAAAGUCAAUCGAAGACAAGCUAUCCGGUGAAAUCGAGGCGUUUGUUACAGACACAAUAGCAAGAGAAAAUCAUAUCGACAAUCUUAAUCAGAUUGCACUUAUCAAAUACAUCGCGAAAUGUGUAAGUAUUUGUUGGGCUAUGUGUCGACUGGAACCACCGGUAUUUAUAGGCUUUCCAGAAGUACAGGGUGACAUGUUCCUUGAUACCAAUGUCUACAAACCAUACACAAAGACUGGACAAUUUGUCGACUAUAUUGUAUGGCCAGUUCUAUAUCUACACGAGAAUGGACCAGUUUUGAGCAAGGGAGUUGCUCAAGGACGAGAAUAAUCCACAUGCAAAAUUAUGUGUACAUGUUUAAGCUAAUGCAAAUAAGUUUAAGACAAUGACAUAUGUAGGGCAAUGUGCUCAUCUGAGAACAGAAGUGCUUUCUUAUAUGAAGUAUCUGAAACUUUAUUAGAGUAAUUACUCACUCCAAACAUGUUAUUGACGUGUACAUAAAUGAAUCAUUACAACAGAAAUAUUUGUAACAUUACUCAUAAUUUAAUUCUGUUUUUCAUUUUUUCCAUUUUUUUUUCAAAACGCGUGUUAUGUAAUUAAAAGUCUGUUGCUUUUCGAAAGUCGUAGCCAAGCCUGCAACAAACACAGAAGAGCAUCUUUGACUGCUAAAGAGUCCAUCCUACAAUGGGAUUUAGUCGCGGUAAUAAACAGAAGGUCUGAAAAAAUUAUGGUUGAUGUUGGAAAGCUUCCCUACCCCUAGCAUCGCAGUUUCAUGCAAAAGUAUGCGUAUGACAUAGCAGUCACUAGUUUCUUAAUAUUCCUGAAUAACGUAGACCUCUUACCAACUUUUAAAUGAUUGGUGAUAGGAAGUGGCAGGACCACUCGGUUGAAAGAUAUAAUGUUGUGUUAUUCUAGUACCGGACGGUCAACAAUUGAAUGUUGUUAUCAGCCCAGCUUUGGUCCGAAAUUAUAAGAAUCAUUUGUAUUUCCUUUUGAUAUAUUCAAGAAUUUUAAAAAUUUUGAUAAUUGAAUUAUCGCAGUCAUGGAUAUCUUUACCAGCGCCCUUCUAAGAAUGAACAUAUUGAAAUUAUCAUGCACGAUCUGUAUAACAAAUGUAAUUAUUUAAUCUUGGAAUGUUACAUAUAAACAAUAGCUAUUGUCUUUAUGAUGCCAUACUGAUCUCUGUAUAACUGUAUGUUACUUUAAAGAACUGUUAUGUGUUAAUUCGAGUAUAUGGGAUACACUUUUAUUUCGGACCCUGUAAAGGUGGUAAUGAAUAGUUUCGGAGUGAUAAACUGAACACAGUGAAUAGUUUGUAAGGACCAAUUAUAUUGAUGUGAAUAAAUAACAAAUGUCAAAAAGAAAACAUAAAAAAAUGUAUGUAAUGCAACUUAUUAUGUGAUAUAAAACAAUGUUUUCUGUCUUUCCUCUCCUUAUUUCUAGAGCAGAAAAUAUUUCUUAUUUACAAUUUCGUCAAAAUGUUGAUCCGAUUUAUUGAUAAGGGGGGUUACUCUGUAAGUCAAGUUUUCUAUUUCUGAUCUAAGCAUGACCUACUUACCUAUCUCAUUUUCUAUUAAUAGAACACAAUGCAGAUAUACCAUACUGCAACGCGUGAAUUGCGGACAAGUGAGCAUUCAUGUGUUUUACAAUAACCUUUCAGUAAACUUCGAAGAGAAUAUUAAAAAAAUAAAAAUACGGAAAAUUACACUUUGCCUGCAUAAAAUUCCUUGAAAAAAAACGUAUUAACAAUUUAAAUAAAGGAAUCAAUAAGCAUAUAUAUGUUGAAAUGAACGAAGGAAGUGCCGCUGUUAACUUAUAAUUAACCUUUUGUCUUAUUUUCUUUGUUGAUAGGUACAGUAAUGUAAUUUCAGAAUGCACACAUUUUUGCAGUGCAGAUUCCUAUUUCUAUUUGUUGUUGGUUUUUUUUUUUUUUUUUUUUUUUUUUUUUUUGUUUUUUUUUUUUGCUUAUGUAUCAUAUACCCUUUGUUUACAGAUAUUUACUGUCAACCAAGGUGUGCAAUAAAGAGCUAUCAUUUGGCUGAAUUUGUCAGUGACAAGUUAAUUCUUCUUUAAAUGCGUUUAGAUCGAAAUAUCAAAAGCCAUGGGACCAUAACUUAUCAAAGCAUCAGUGACUUUCAAAUAGAUUUCCUUUAUGAAUUCAUAUUUUUUCAUUGAUUUUAUAUGACUAGUCAGUUGCUCUGGUUGUAUAUCUUGUUACUUGUUUCUUUUUCUUUUUUUUAACUUUUAUAGAUAGUUUGUUUUUGUAUCUGUCCAUUCCUGACUUAAAAAAACAUUUUCAUUAAAACAUUUUCUACACUUUG